AUGGACCGCUUCGUCCCUCCGCCGCGGAGGACCCUGGAGCCCAGCGACGAGCUGGCGCGAUGCCUGGAGAAGCCACCUGGGGAGACGGUGCUGCUGCCCAAGGCGCUCCAGAUCGGUGGCCGGGAGUUCCGCUGGGCGCGGAUUCUGCGGGAGUUCAAGACCAAGAGCCGCGCGCGCCUCGUGCAGCUGGAGCCUGGCAGCGUUCUCUUCAUCGUGAAAUUCGAGAACCUUUUUCAGGAGUUCGCCGUGAUGGCGGCGCUGAAGCAGCUGAACCGCUGCUGGCAGAAGACGCGGCUCUGCAUCGGCCAGGAGUUGGUGCAAGCCACGACCUUUGGGAUCUUCCCCUUGGGCCAGCGCUUGGGCCUAGUGGAGGUGGUCUCCGAGAGCUGCACCUUGCGCGAGCUGGCGCUGGGCGGCCACUUCGGGGACCGCCAGUUCCGGGUGCUCCGGGCGCUCCACGAGGACCCCCGCAAGCUGGAACGCCUGGCCGCCAGCGUGUGUGCUUACCUGGCCUCCAGCUAUGCCCUAGGCAUCCGGGACGGCCACGACGACAACCUCAUGCUGCGCCGGGACGGGCGCCUCUUCCGCGUGGACUUCGGCUUCGCCUUCGGGCGAACCCCGGAGAUCGACGCGCCGGGGAUCUUCGUGCCCAACUCCGUGGCGGUAGCCCUGGGGGAUCGCUGGCCCCAGGUGGUGGCGGGCUGCAAGCGCGCCAUCCGGGACCUGGGCCCCCCCGAGCGCCCGCCGGCCUGGGACGUGCUGCUGAAGGUGCCGGAGCUGAAGCAACUGCUGCCGGAGGUGCACGAGUACACGAACUCUUUGAGCUUCAGCUCUUUCGACUACCAAGUGGAGCAUGCCACGGAUUGGACGCUGCAGCGCGCAGCCAAGAACACCCUCAGGGAGGCGAUCCGCUACGUCACCGCGGAGCAGGAGGUGGAGGCCGCAGAGGCCUGGUGGCUGGACCCCUUCGGGUUCCUCAGCAGCCCGGUGGCCGCCGGCCACCCAGCCAGCCAGACCCCGCACUUCCCCAGGAUUCGGCCCCUGGACAACUGA